GGGCGUGACCGAGCAGUCUGAACGUGAUUGCAAGUGAGUUAGUGCUCGAGCGAGAACAAACGAACGUAAUAGCAGAAAAGAGAGUGCUAUUACGCAAGUUGGUCAACAGAGGUGCGCAGGUGAUUGCUAGCGAGAACGAGCGAAGGCAACACUCGGUCUUGAAUGCUGAGAAUGAGGGGCAAAUCGUCGUGACCAUAGCACAAGUGCUCGCAUCCCGAGAGCCGACGCUAUCAGAACACGAUCUUGAGUGGGGAGACGUACAGAGGUAGAGAAGGAGAAAGAGAACUACAAGGGAAAGAAGGAGAAAGGGAAGAAGAGUGUAAGAGAGGAGGAGGGGGGGGAACGUGCGGGGCAAAGAGUUACUAACAUUUGAAGAUCACGCUGAGAGCGGUCGGAGACGGCUUCAGGGAUUCCUAGGUGACCGGGACGCGAGCGGCCGCACUAAGUGGAGUUGUAGGGCCAGUGAAAGAGCCAUGGGGGUCAUUGACGCCUUGAAAGUGAUUCCUGAGAAGGUGAAGGCAAUUCCAGGCGUUGUGCGAGAUUACUUCCAGGCCGAUGAAGAAAAGGGAGCAAAAAUUCGGCGAUGGUUGGGGGCCACCAUUAUUGCCGUGGCCUUUGGCUACAUGGCUGUUACAUCAGAGCCCAUGGCAUCCUCUCUUGAACCAGUUACCGAUAAAGUCAAAGGCUUGUUUGGGAAGGGAAAAUCCAAGAGUCAGGCAUUCUACAAGGAGCACAAAAGAGCACAGAGGACUUAUCCGCGUUAUUGAUUGCCGCGGAGUGGAUUUGAAUGCCUACGAGGCUGAGGUUGAAUAUGCCUCUUGCAUGCAGAGGGAUGGUGGUCUGUAAUCGUUCUCAUGGACUUGCUGCAGGGUGAAUAGUUAGGAUGGGGAAGAGGUAGGCUUUUGAUGGCGCGGCAUAUGCUGCUGCUGCCGAUGUAGCUGAUGUCUUCUGUUUCUGAGAUGCUGCUUGAGAUAUGCCAAAUCAGGUGUGUUUCACUGGUACAGAUACUACAGAUGACACAGAGGGGAUUCGAAAUGUUCUUCCCAAUUUUAGUGAUUUUAACUCUGUUACUGGCUGGUCCACUCACGACAAGCCUGCUAGUUGAGAGGGUGAUCUUGGAUAGGCAUGGCUGAGAUGCUGUCUGAGGAGAGGGUGAUACGCUAUUUGCGUUAUCUUUCAGUGGAACAGAUUAUGAUGAAGAACAGAGAUGGCUCGGUGGAAGGGACUGACUUCAUCUGGUUCAUCUGAGCGGGUAGUGGGAGGUGGGUGGACAGCCGGCAGGCUAAUUCUGAUCCCUUGUCUGAGCAACGUCGGGCGCACAGGGGUAUAAAAGAGUAUGUGAUUGGACCAAAGUUAGGUGAUCAGCUGUUUACAGAGGUUUCAAGAAGCCGCACUUCCAUGUCGUUUGCUUUUAAAAUGUGACCUUGUUGGCUUGAAGAGGCGUAUGGAUAGAGCAGACUGAGUGAGCGUGAUCUUUCAGUAGUAGAGAAGGAAAGGUCCAUGACUGCGUACUGAUAUCGUUUAAAAGUUGAAACUGAGAUCUGGAAAAAAAAAAAAAAAGAUUGUCAUAUGCACUGGGUUGUUAGAGUACGAGACUCUGAUCAUGACCUCACGGACCGGGGCCAUAGAUCAUUCAAUCGUUCGUUAUGAACUGUGUGCUUUUGAAAUUUCUGUAACUUUCAUUGUGCCUUGUUCUCUUUUAUUUUUUCAUCAUCUGUCUUUCUGAAAUUGCUGUGAAAGUGCUCCAAAUUUCGUUGUGCCCUGCUACCGAAGUUUAGCUCCACGGACUUCG